AACUUUUCGAAAUUUCCCUUUAGAAAAUGUGAACAAGUUAACCAUUUAUAUUAUUACUACAUGUCACACUUGAAGACAAGAUUUCUUGCAUCAUAUGCUUAAUAUAUAAGAACACCUUCCACCUAUAUAGCUUGCCUUCUCAUAUAACCUCCUUUCCUGUCAAUCUCAGUACUCUUUGCUUCCAAGAAUGAAUAAAUUUCAAACACAAUAAAUUAAGUCUUAUUCUCUUAAGAGAGAAAUAAAUUAAGGGGGAUGAGAAUAUUGCAGUGGCUAUGCCCUAACUGGUCAGUCGCGGCGGCAUUAUUGGUGGUAAUGAUGGUGGUCCCGGUGUCUGCCGGCGGUGCAAACGUGACAUAUGACGGAAGGUCGUUGAUAAUAGAUGGACAAAGGAAGCUCUUGUGCUCUGGUUCUAUUCAUUAUCCUAGAAGUACCCCUGAUAUGUGGCCAUCUUUAAUAUCGAAAGCUAAAGAAGGUGGAAUAGAUGUGAUUGAGACCUAUGUAUUUUGGAACAUUCAUGAACCCCAACCUGGACAGUAUGAUUUUAGUGGAAGACGUGACAUAGUAGCAUUCAUCAAGCAUAUUCAAGCACAAGGUCUAUAUGCUUGCCUUCGCAUGGGGCCCUAUAUUGAGGGUGAAUGGACUUAUGGGGGCUUCCCAUUUUGGUUACAUGAUGUCCCUGGCAUUGUUUAUCGAUCUGAUAAUGAACCAUUUAAGUUUUACAUGCAAAACUUUACAACGAAAAUGGUGAACUUGAUGAAGUCAGAAGGGUUAUAUGCCUCACAAGGAGGUCCAAUUAUACUCUCACAGAUUGAGAAUGAAUAUCAAAAUAUAGAGAAAGCAUUUAGAGAGAAGGGACCCCCUUAUGUUCGUUGGGCAGCAAAAAUGGCUGUGGAAUUUGAGACAGGUGUGCCUUGGGUCAUGUGUAAACAAGAUGAUGCUCCUGAUCCUAUUAUAAACACAUGCAAUGGAAAGAAAUGUGGAGAAACAUUUAAAGGGCCUAAUUCUCCAAAUAAGCCAUCAAUCUGGACAGAGAACUGGACUAGCUUCUAUCAAGUGUAUGGCCAGAAUGCAAGAGUCAGAUCAGCAGAAGACAUUGCCUUUCAGGUUGCUCUGUUUAUCGCCAGGAAGAACGGAACUUACAUAAACUAUUACAUGUAUCAUGGAGGCACCAAUUUUGGCAGGACUGCUGCAGAAUUUAUGAUUACAGGUUAUUAUGAUCAGGCUCCACUUGAUGAGUAUGGUUUAAUUAGACAGCCAAAAUGGGGUCAUCUGAAAGAAUUACAUGCAGCAGUAAAGUUAUGCUCUGAGGCCAUACUUUCUGCUUUUCCCACAGUGCAGUCUUUAGGUCCACUACAGGAGGCUUAUGUAUUUAAUGGAGAUUCAGGAGCUUGCUCAGCAUUCCUGGUGAACACAGAUGGUAGUAAUAAAAGUGUAACAGUGCGAUUCCGAAAUUUGACAUAUCAAUUACCUCCGAAAUCUAUAAGCAUUUUGCCUGAUUGCAAGACUGUAGCCUUCAAUACAGCUAAGGUGAGUACACAAUUCAACACGAGAACUUAUAGGCCAGUGGUCAAGUUUGAUUCAACUGAGAAAUGGGAACAAUUCCAAGAGACUAUUCCACAAUUUGAUGCAACCACAGUGAGAUCAGAAACAUUGCUGGAGCAAACGAAUACUACAAAAGAUGCCUCUGAUUAUCUUUGGUAUACUACCAGUUUGGAGCAGGACUUAGAGGAGCAGCAGGCUGAACUAAGUGUGAAGUCCUUAGGCCAUGUUUUGCAUGCUUAUGUGAAUGGCCAUCUUGUAGGUUAUGGUCAUGGACAAUUUAGAAAUGCAUCAUUUACAGCAGAAAGCACGGUUGCUCUAAAUAAAGGGAAAAACCAGAUCUCAUUACUGAGUGCAACAGUUGGCUUACCAGAUUCAGGAGCACAUCUUGAGCGCAGGGGUCUCGGUGUACGUUCAGUGAUGAUUAAAGACAGUCGAGGGGUCAAAAACUUCACUGAUUUUUCAUGGGGUUAUCAGGUUGGGCUGUUAGGGGAAAAGUUACAAAUUUACACAUCAGAAGGAGCAAAGAGUGGUAAUUGGACCAGCUUAGGCUCUUCUACUCAACAGCUCACAUGGUACAAGUCGAUUUUCCAUGCACCCAAAAGUGAUGAUCCAAUUGCCCUAAACCUGGGAUCCAUGGGAAAAGGUGAAGCUUGGGUUAAUGGCCAAAGUAUUGGAAGAUAUUGGAUCUCAUUUCACACAUCUGAAGGUGUUCCUUCACAAACUUGGUACAAUGUUCCAAAGUCAUUUUUGAAACCUAACGACAAUCUAUUAGUGUUAUUUGAGGAGGAAAUAGGCAACCCUCUAAACAUCACCAUCGACACAGUUUCAGUCACCAAAGUAUGUGCGCACGUCACGGAUUCGAACCCACCACCAGUAAUAUCUUGGAGGAAGUAUGACACUUCUAUGGAUGUUCAUAAGCUUAGUGAAAGGCAACAUGGUAGAAGACCAAAAGUGUACCUUAAUUGUCCUCCAAGAAGCAAUAUUUCCAAGAUUUUGUUUGCAAGCUUCGGUAACCCUUCUGGUAAUUGUGAUGAUUAUGCCACCGGGUUAUGCCACUCCUCCAAUUCUAAAGCCAUUGCGGAAAAGGCUUGUUUAGGGAAGAGGAAAUGCACCAUUGCUCAUUCAUAUAAGAAGUUCGGUGGUGAUCCCUGUCCAGGACUUCCCAAGUCUCUACUGGUUGAUGUUCAGUGUGAAUGAGACCACAACUUAAUUAUUUCACGAUUCUUUUUUCUUCAUAAAUGGAUGAUUUAUAGAAUUAAAGUGAUGCAUAGAUACAUUCAUUAUCACGUGUACAUCUAUAUAAUUACAAGUUGAAUUUCUGUAGACGAAAAGGUCAAAUUUGAGUCAGUUAGCUAAUCAACAGAUAGGCAACUCAUGGUAGUUCAAUUCUUCAACGAUCAAAGAAAUAAAAUGCUAUGUAGUUCCACAA